AUGGCCAGCCGCUGGGAUCAACCUGACAGAGCAUCAGCAGCAGCUGCUGCUGCUGCUAAACUUUCCUCCCAAUACCACGGCCCUAGAGAGACUGACGCGCCUUUCUACACACGCAUUGAAGUGAAUGACCUCAAGAACAGAUACACUCUCACUAAAUCAGCUGCCCAGCAAUCCAUCUACAAUGAGACUGGUGCGCAGGUUUCCACUAAAGGCCAAUGGUACCCUGACAGAUCCAAGGCUACUCCCGCAGAACCUCCUCUGUACCUCCUCAUCGAAGCCCAAACUCAGGACUCGUUUGAUAUGGCUGUGAAUAAAGUCCAUGAGCUCAAAGAUAUGGACAUGCAGCCACUCGUUGAAGAUCGGAAUCGCAGGUUCGAGGAGAGAGCCGCGUCGAGGCGUAAAUGGGAUGAAUUCAAGGUCUUCAUUAAUAUGGAACCUCUACGUAAUUUCAAUCUUAGAGCUAAAAUUGUCGGUCCAGGUGGUAUGUUUGUCAAGUACAUACAACAAGAAACCAAUACAAAGGUACAAAUUAAAGGACUUGGUAGUGGGUUUUUAGAACAGGACACUGGUCAAGAGAGUAACGACGCGAUGCACAUCAAUGUAACAGGUCCGGAUGUACAGCAAUUCAGCUACGCCAGGGAGUUAUCUGAGGAUCUUAUAUCUGCUGUCAAAGUGGAAUGGGAGAGAGCGCAAGGGAUUGUACCGCAAGUCGAGCAGAUGGGUUACGAUCAGUCGCAGUAUAGUGAUAUGCCAGCGAUACCUGAUCCAAAUGACAAAGAGGGAGUUGACAAGUAUAACAAGUACUGGACUGAUCAGGGCUACGAUCUCAAUGAUGCUGCUUUCAGGGAGUGGCUGACGGAGUAUGAGAAGUCGCAGAAGGAGUAUUAUGCACAGUACUAUGCACAGUAUCAGCAGCAGCAGCCAGAGCAGAAUCCGCAAGCAAAGCAGGAAUACCACGCAGUGCCACCACCAAAUAAUUUAUGA